GCUGUCAAAAGCUUGUUGCUCAAAGCUGUGUAAUGUCACAAAGUAAUGGCUGUUGGUAAAUGAGGUCCCCGUAGUUGGUGAGAUACUUCAGCUACCGUUUCGUUCGACAUCAAGCGGUUGUCGAGCGCUCGUUUUGGCCACACGGUUGGGGUUUGACUCGCCGCGUCUGAGCUGUGGUGCGUUGCCGCAUGCCCCCCUCCCCUUAUCCUGCUCCGACCAACCUCGCGGGCAGCGGUUCAUCCGCGGCGAUGAGCUCACCAAUAUAGGUGCCUUUAAGAAGAUAUCCAGAAACAACAUCCAAGGGCCGCUUCUUUGCACAUAAUCAAAGAAGGAUAAGGGUAUAAAGAAGCACCUGGUCUCGCUUAGUUUCCAAAGCAAAGCCAGUGAGCGGUGGUAUACGAUGGAUGGGUGAUCUCCGAGCUCAGCGACCCUCCUUCGGAUCUUUCUAGCUCCAGCUCAUGGAGGGCUCAUGUUUUAGGAGAGGAGUGUGAUUGGCCUUCAGCUUUCUGCACCGUGAUUGUCUUAUAAUAAAACCAGUUUAUGAUCAAAAACCUUUGGACAUGGCGUCGGGGAGAGAUACAAAAUGGCUGACCCUGGAAGUGUGUCGACAGUUUCAGCGAGGAAACUGUUCACGUAGUGACGAGGAGUGCAAAUUUGCUCACCCGCCAAAGAGCUGCCAAGUGGAAAAUGGGAGGGUCAUCGCCUGCUUCGACUCACUAAAAGGUCGAUGCUCUCGAGAGAACUGCAAGUACCUCCAUCCACCUUCCCACUUAAAGACUCAGCUGGAAAUAAACGGGCGCAACAAUCUCAUUCAGCAGAAAACAGCAGCUGCUGUGCUCGCCCAGCAGAUGCAGAUCAUGAUCCCUACAGCCAGUCUGCCGUCUGUGGGUCUUGGCACUAACUCUGGUCUCGGCUACGGUUCCUACUUGACGCCCCUAAGCCACGGGAUGGGCCUUCUUCCCACAGACAUCCUCCCCAACAGUCAGGUUCUCGUUUCAGGGAGCCCGCCUGUCACGGUUCAGAGCUCGCCUUCUUCCUCCUCCUCUUCGCCCUCCCAGAAGCUCCAGCGCACCGACAAACUGGAGGUGUGCCGCGAGUUUCAGCGAGGGACCUGCUCUCGGGGAGAAACGGACUGCCGCUUUGCCCACCCCAGCGACAACCCCAUGAUCGAUAGCGUCGACAAUACCGUCACCGUUUGCAUGGACUACAUCAAGAGCCGCUGCAGCCGCGACAAGUGCAAGUAUUUUCACCCGCCUGCACACUUGCAGGCCAAAAUUAAGUCCGGUCAACAUCAGACAGCCAUGGCGGCCCAGGCCACAGCUGCAGCCGUGACUCAGUCGACUGCCAAAGCAAUGAAGCGACCCCUCGAGGCAACUGUAGACCUGGGCUUCCCCCACAGCCUCCUGCAACCGCUACCAAAGAGGGCAGCUCUGGAGAAGAGCAACUGGGCCAGCUCAUUGUUCAGCCCCAGUUUGUUGCACUACCAGCAGGCUCUGGCCAGCACGCAGUUGCAGCAGCCCACGGCCGCAUUCUACCCCGCAGGGUCUGUUUUCUGUAUGACUCCUGCGAACAGCGUCGUCCCCAUGAUGUACAGUGCUACGCCUGCUAGUGUCUCUGCAGCAACUUCUCCCGCCACAAGUGUCCCCUACGCAGCAACAGCACCAGCCAAUCAGAUCAUUCUCAAGUAACCGCCAGAAACAGGUGCCACGCAGAUCCCGAGCAGCCCGUCUGUACAUACAGUGUUCACAGCGCACGUCACCUACAGCAAGCCGCAUGCUGAUCAAGGAUCACCAGUGGAGUUCAUGGCCACACGCAGUCCGGUAUCCCAUUAAGGUCACACACAAGACCCUACUCAUGGACAUACCGUACAUGCAUCGUAAUUACGGAAGAAGUAACAUAGAAGCAUCUAAACCGCGUUGUACUGGAAGAUACUAACAGAUAGACGUGUUCGCUGAAAUUCUAACAAUGUAAAUAGUCACGUCAAAUGUGCGUCAUGGCAGCACCCGCUGUAAAAGGGGUCACAGCCGAGUUAGAGAUUGUUCACUUUCUUGAAUGCAUUGUUUCAGUCAUGAUUGUUUGACCUUGUGCCAGAUUCAAUUGUUUUAUUAGUUAAAAGCACUUAUUUUAAUUUAUAUCAAUAUAAAGAAGGCUCUGGGUGUACAGGCUUUUAUUCACAGUGAGCAGUGCUCCUCCACCUGGUGUGCCUUUGCAUUGCAUUGAAAGUCUGUUUGCCGCUCUUGACCCAAACAAGUGUGCUAGUUAAAGCCACAGAGUUAACCUUUUUUUUUUUUCUUCUUUUCCUCCCUUCAAAAAAAAAAUUGGGUCAGAAUGACAGGUAUUUUACAUAACUGUCGUGGAGUUUAUCCAGUGUAUAUUCAAAUAGAAACGUGAUCCUGCGAGGACUGAACUAAUUUGUAACCGUUCAGUUUUGAAUGUUACAAGUGCCUAAAGAGUCGUCAUAUUUAAGGGGCUUCGAAUGACAUUGUCCUGUAUUUAAAAAAAAAUCUGAUCUAGAAGGUCGUGAACACAUUUUAAAUGCUUUGUGAAGACUUUAAUGAAUAUUUAUGUACCCUCGUUAUUAAUAAGAAUUAUCUACUCUUUAUUUUAUUUCAUAUUUAAGAUGACUGUAGUCACCCUCUGCCCCCUCAUAGCAAUGUUUCUUAAGUAGCUGAAUGUGCAAAUGAUUAGAAGAAUUUAAAGAAGGACGUCAAGUGUAGUUUUAUUUGUACAAGAUUGAGGACAUUCUGUUAAAUAUGUCCAUUAUUACUUUUAUUCCUCAAUUUCAUAUUUUUUUAGUUGUUUACUAGGGAUGGGCAUACGUGAAUCAGCUUGGGUUCUCAUUGCAAACACUCGCUGAUUUUUUUUUUUCCUCCACAGGUGUGAGGCCUGCCACAUUUUGAAAAUUGAUUAAGAUUAUCGAAAAUUGGUAUGUGUAUUUAAAAAAAAUUCUUGACAUCUGUAAAUGGUAAAAACCCGGUGUACGCGUAACUCGCCUCAGACAGCACUUCAAAACAAUGAAAUAAAUGACCAGUCAAUUACAUACAAUUAUUUCAUUGAUGAAUAUGCUCAUCCUAAAGUUUUGGAGUUAUUUUUUUUAGCAUGACUAUGUUUGAUUAAUUCCGACAAUCUAUUAAGCUGUUAUAUUAUUUCCUCUUAAUGACGUCAUUUUUAUUGCAGAUGUAUUUAAUGUUAACACACUAGAACUUACUCCGGGGUCAUCCGUGAAUGUAACUUCUUAUAAGCUGACAUUUUUUGAGAUUCUUUGAAAAAUUAAAAAAAAAAAAAAAAUGACACGACGAGAUCUCAUUUGCCUCUGACAAGUCGUCGUUUGGUGUUCAGGUUGGAGUGUCGGGAGUGAACGACCAUAGAAUUGUUGAUGUAACAAAGUGCAUUGUUAGGUGGUAGCGUAAAUAAGCGUUCACCUUUCAACUUGUCACAAACUAAAAAUGUUUGUCGUCGCCGUGAUUGUACUGUCACAUAUUACAUUUUAACUAUCCAGUGCUUAAGAACACUUUUUCAGUAUGGUGGUGUGCAUUUUAAACGUAGUGCAGUAAAUAAUCCACUGUUAGUGAAUGCAUCAAAACAAAACGUCAGUUUCAUUUUGAUUUGAGAAUUUCUGGUGUGAAACAUUUCCUUGAAAUGCUUCCACAGCAGUCAAGAUAACCGAAAAGAUACCUUUUUUUUCAAUUGUGAUUGUUGCCUUAUUCAUCGACUGAUGUGUUUGCUUUACAACUCUGGGAAAUGAUGUCCGAUGGAGACUAAAACCGUCGCUCAGUCCUCAGAAAUGCUUUAUGAUGAUGAUGAUGAUGAUGUCAUACUGCUAUUAAUGGUUACAUUAAUAUUGAUUUGUUCCAUCAGCGGGCCUAACUUUAAACUUGUCCUCAUUUUCUCAAAUAAUAGUGGCGCUUAUUUUACUGUGUAUGAUUAUCCAUUUCAUGUGAAUAGUGAUUUCUAAAGUCUAUGAAAAGUCUAAAAUUGUCAAUAAACACUGUUCAAGUAA